GAUAUCUAACGUCGACUCGGAUGACUACUACCAGGUUCUAGGCAUCUCCCGGGAUGCCAACAACAGCGAGGUGACCAAAGCAUUUCGAAAGCUGGCGCUGCAAUACCACCCAGACAAGCAGCAGGACAAGGAGAACAAGAACGAGUCCGAGGCCAAGUUCAAGCAGAUCUCAGAGGCCUACGACACCUUGCAUGACCCGGACAAGCGCAAAACAUAUGACCACUUUGGAAAGCAAGUUGCAG